GAAGUUGCCGUUGGGGAGGCGCGCCCCGUCGGCCGCGUCCCUGCUGGCGGGACCUGGAAACGGCGCGGCGCUUCCCGGCGCUUCCCGGUGCCCGCGCUCUCCCCGGCUGCCCGGAGCGGCCCCGGGGUGCUGCUGCUGGAGCUCUGUUCUGACCUUGUUCCCUCAGCCUUUCCUGCCAGAUUGCAAUGCUUUUAUGAUACGGAAGAAUCAUCUUGUAAGCUUGUCAAGUAAAUGUACGUACAGUCAACGAUUCAUUCUCCAGAGAUUAUAGUUCAUGCAGCUUGAAAAGCUGUCUAUUGGUCAUCAUGAGUUCAUCCUCUCCAGUCAACUGCUCUGUCACAGAAGCUAGCAGCUUACAUAAUGAGGAAUGUGAGUUACUGCAGAAGAGCAAUAAAUCAGAAUUGGAUGCUGUUUUAGGUCUGAAAUGGAAACUUCUUCAAGCUAAAAAAGAAAAUUUGGACUUGACUAUUCAACACAAUCAAGAAGUCUCCAACUAUGAAAAACAGAUAAUCAAAUUACGUUCAGAAUUUGAGAGAGGAGAGGCCAUUCGACAAGGUCUGGAGUAUGAAUUGGCAGUUGCCAGAAAAGGUGCCCAUCUGAAAAUAAGUACCGCAGAAGAAGAAUUAAGUGAUGCAAAAAACAAACUUGUGGAACUGCAAGUACUCAAUGAAAACCUUCAGCAGAAAGUGACAGAGACUGAGGAAACAUUUCAUAAUGCUCAACAGAAGUGGGAAGAAGAACAGCAAAGACUUGCAAAGGCGAAGGAUGAUAUCAGCAGAAUUUAUAACAAUGAAUAUGUAUUCCUUCUUAAAGAAAGAAACGAAGUAGAAACUAUUUUACUGGAGCUGAAUAAUGAACUUCAAAAUAUGCGCAAGAAAUUGAGAGAUGUGGAGGUGGAGCACAGCGGCUGUAAUGAGAUGCUGAGAUGCCAGGCCAAUGAUCUUAAAUGCAGCACUGAACGAGAGAAGAGACUUUUAAAGGAACUUGAAGCAGCUGCAGUGAGAACAAAGAAACUGGAAGAAGACAUUGAAGCAGAGAGAGCAGCACAUUUAGCAUCCAAUUUCACUUCAGAGAUCAUCCAGUUAAGAAUUCAAGAACUUGAAGAAGCUGUACGUGUGGAAAAGGACAGACGAGAAGAAGCUCUUUCAGAUUUAGAAAUCAUCAAGAAAGAGUUCAAAGGGUUAGAAUAUGCAUAUGAGAGGGAAAAACACAAUGCCCAGGAGAACUUGGAAAAACUCAAUGUAUUAGAAAAAGAGUGUUUCUCCUCAAACAAUCAAAUGAAAGAAGCGAUUGAGGAAAAGAAGAAGGUAAUUGUGGACCUCUCUACAAGACUAGGGAAUGCUGAAAAAAGCUGCAGUGAAUUACAGAGCGAACUUGCAAUGGCCAAGAAACACCAGGUCUUUCUAACAGAGACGUAUGAAAACAACAUGAGAGAGCUGGAGUUACUCUUGGACAGCUUUGCUAUGUCAGGCCAGCGGACAGCAGGCAUUUGUGAGGACAAAGAUAAACCUCUGAGCUUCUCUGUCGUUGAGACUUUGAGGUGUACCUUGACAGCUUACCAGAGCAAGCUGGAAGAUACGUCUAAUGAGCUUGAGAAAAUGAAGGCUUUGUGUAAAAACAUGACAAAAGAACUUGAGGUAUCUGAGGAGAAAAUAUGUGCUUUAAGACAAGACCUUAAGGAAGCUCAGGAUGCCAUGGCUGAUGCCAAUAAAGAGUUAAACUAUCUGCACACUAAGUGUGCAGACAGAGAGACUUUAAUAGAAACUUUAAAAAUGGAACUACAGGAUGUACAGCAAUGCUGGGAGAAAGAGCAAGUACGUGCCACAGAAUCUGAAAAUGAAAUCCAGAAGCUUACCAGGGCUUACCAGAAGGAUAUGGAGGAGAAACUAACCUUCCUUCAUGGCUUAUACCAGCAAUUGAUAGCAGGCUGUGUGCUUAUAAAACAACCAGAAGGCAUCCUAGAUAGAUUCUCUUGGCCUGAGCUUUGUGUAGUCUUGCAGGAGAAUGUUGAUGCCCUGAUCUCAGACCUCAACAGGGCUAAUGAGAAGAUAUCUCACCUGGAAUAUGUUUGUAAAAACAAGUCCAAUACUAUGAAGGAGCUUCAGCAGAGCCAGGAAGACGCUUUUAACAAAAUGGCUGAACAAAUGAAAGAACAGGCAAGCUGUUGGCAGAAUGAAAAAAAAUAUCUGGAACAGCAGUACUCAGGUCUCCUUGGGGAAGUUCAUGCAAGGGCACAGGAAUACCAAGAAGCAGCAGAGAAAAAUAAGGAAAAAAUUUAUGUCCUUGAAAAAAGUCAAGAGAAAUUGGCUUUUGAAAACAUUUCCGUGAAAAAUACGUUAACACAGUUUCAAAAGGAGCAUUCCUCCCUCCUGGCAGCCUGUGCACUAUUGGCAGGUGCCCUGUAUCCUCUGUAUGGCCGACUGUGUGCUAUGUCUUCCCAAAGAGACCUUCUCCAGGAUCAGGCGAACAUUUAUGAAUUAGUGAACGAGAAGAUUAGGACCCUAGUUCAUGCUCUAUCUGAUGAUAAGGAAAACAAUCAAGAUGAAGCAAAACUAAAGAGAAGAAAAUCCCAGGGCCUGAUUUAUGUAUUCCGAAGAGCUGUGAUUGCAGUUUUGGCAGCCAACAGACUUAAGGUUUUAGCACAGUCUUCUAGUUCCCUCUUCACUUGGACAAAUGGCUUAAAAGAAGGCAUUGGAAUUCCAGUUUAUGUAGGAGAAUCCAAAGCCAAGCGUAAUCUGUUAAGUUGUGAAGAGGAAGACCUUGACUGUGUGGAAGCACUCAGCUGGUUUGCUAGUUCCAACCUCCUUGCUGCAAUAAUCAGUUCUGUCACUGAAUUGCAGGAUGUUGUUAACAAACCAGGUACAAAGUCUUGGCUUUCUGGAAAGUUACUGUUAAGUGCAGCCAGGAAUUCAUUUUCAAAACUUAUGGACAAGCUGAAUGUUAUAAUGGAGACGGUUCCAUUUGACCACUGCAAGUACAUUACUUAUCUGGAGAAAGACUCCUUGGUACAGAACCUGGCUCAUGGACUUAAUAAAAUAAAUACCCAGGCCCUGGAAGCUGGAUUGUGUGACAGAGUAUCCACUAUGAAAAACAUAGAAUCCUUGCAGAAGCAAAUAUUUGAAUUUACACAAAGACUUCAUGCAGCAGAAGUGGAACGCCUCUCACUGCGCCUACAACUUGCAGAAUUCAAAUCAAAUUUCAGUGAGAUAAAAAAAGAAGCAGACAAAGCACAGAGGCUGCAAGAGCAAUUAAAUAUGCAAAAAUUAAUCACCCAUGAGAGGUUUGAAAGUGUAUGUGAAGAAUUAAAUAAUGCAUUACAUCGGGAGCACCAGGCACAAUUGCUUUUGAAUGAGCAAGCACAACAGCUACAGGAGUUAAAUAAUAAACUAGAACUGCAAUCCAGUGAAGAAGCAGAUAGAACCCAAGUCUUAAGUGACUCUGUAAAGGAAGCUUUGCUGCUUGUGUCUGAUCUUCAGCCCUACUACUGUCUUUCCAUCUCCCAGUAUUAUUCUGUGAAUUGACAACUGAGCAAAGGGACUGCUUCACCAGUAUUUUGAGAAAUACAAGCACUUGUAAUUCUGAGAGAAUAAGUGUCAAGCUGGAGGAGAACCAAAAUGAUUCCUGCUGCAAAAGUGAAAAUGUCAUAAAUAUUGAAAAUAUUACAAUGAAAGUAGAUGUCAAGAAGGAUGAGUUGCAGCAAAAUAGAGAUUUCAAGUGAUGUAUAGUGGAGAGUGCUGAAGGAAGUUGUUAAAUUUAUUAAGAAGUGUUUUCACUAGUGUUAUUAUUGACUAAAAAUGUCUUACCUCACUAAGGGUAAAAGAUAAUGACAUUUCCAAUUUACCUGUUGGUUUUUGUGUUUUUUUUUUUUUCUCUCCCUCACAAUUCCCUAGUCUUGGGUGUUUAACUUAAAUGGAAGAAUAAACUAGCUAGUGUUUUCAGUCAGGUUGCUUGUUAAUAAUGUUGUUAUUUUCUUUCUGAUAUAACUGCAGUGUAUAUAUAAGAUGUUAGUCUUGUGUUUGAUUUCUUUGAGAACUGCUUGAUUCAAGGUUUUUAAAUAGCUGUUAGGAAUAUAAAGAAGAGAAGAUCUAGAAGACAAAUCCUAUUUGAAAUCUUCAUUUCUGUCUACUUUUUGUACAUUAAUACAUGUUUUUUCACCAUCUUUUACUUUGUCUAAAACACACCUUUCAUUUGUUCAGAGACUGUUAAGGGAAAGAUCAAUUGUAAGCGAUCAAAAUAUAGGAGGAGCUUUUAAACAAAUAUGUUACAUGGGUUAUUGGGUACUGAAUUACAUUUCACAGCUUCUGGUUUUUAUUAAUUGAAGACUACAUACAAUUUUUUUUGAGACAGUCAUGAUCCUAAAAUGCAUCCUAACUCUGCAGUUUUUUUAACAGUUGUUUGCUACUGGAACACCUUAAUUUAGUGUAAAAUGCUUGGUUAUUGCUGAAAUCUUUCAAGAUACAAUGCAAUGUAAUAAUAUAGGUGAUAGAAUAGAAGAAAAGAACAUUGACAAAAUAAACCUUAGGGCUAAAGUUUACUACUGACAGGUACACUGGUUUGGUUUAUUACUUUGUAAGUCUCAAUCCUUCUCAUUGAGGAGUUUUAAACCAAAUUUAAGUUGUAGGCUUGUCACUGUGUACUGUCCCUCAACUUAGAAGAUUAAUUGAUAUCUCUUAAUUUCUUCAUAAUAUUUACUACAAAAAAUAGCACGAAAUUGCAUUUUUGUUGUAGUGGCAUGUAUCUGUGACUGAAUCAAAAAAGGAGACAAAAAAGUUGUGGUAACAUGUCAAAACAUGUUAAUGAUCUUGUGGUCCUUGAAUUUUUUUUGGUCUUGCAGAUACAAUUUUAUACCUUCACUUUUUAUCAUUGUUUCUACAAUUCCAAACCUGAGUUGUAUAAGUACUUUCAAAAUUCAAGUGGCAGUCUAAUAUAAUACUUUGAUACCAAGGAGUAAAAGUGGUUCUUAAAUUUUGAGCCCUAUAUCUUCUGGUUUUAAAAUUUAAGAAAAAGUCUCUUUUCUUUCCCACAGUUAUCCACCAUCCAACCUUGUUCAUGCCUUUAUUCAAAACAAGAAGAAAUGGUCUCUGCCCUGGCAUCUUAAUUGACCGAUUCUUUUCUUUAGCUUAAGAGGGGUUUGUGACUUAAAAUGUUAGGGGUUUUUGAGGGGCUUUUUGUAGCUCUCAUUCUGCAGAACAGUGAAACAAUCUCAUCUUUGCAAUGAUCUUGCCCUUGUAAAACAGUGUUCUUAAAAUUGUAUAGGGUUUCGAUUGCUUAAAUAAUACAGAAAAAAAAUGAAGAGCAUUUUCACUGUUGCACUGUAAAAAACAAAAUAGAAAAAAUAUGCCUCCAUCUUCAUCUUAAGAUACAAAAUAAUAUUACUUGUAUAGACUUAAGUGUAUAUAAAAAUUUGGUGAAUGUGGUGGCAUACAAGUAAGGUCAGGUAGAGUAGACAUGGAGUGAAAAAAAAUAGACAUGCUUUGAAUUCUUUAUUCAUUAUUUUUAAACAGGUAAGAAGAAGAAAAUUAAAAUAAUAGAUACUUUCACUUGUGAUUGCUUAUUUUUAAACUUAUUCACAGUUCAGCAGCAAUCAGUAAGGAGAUAUUUUGGUAUUCACAUACUUUCAUAAAGUAGGCUUAUUAAAGGAGUAAUACUUAAUUUCUUAGCUUUAUCAGUUCAGAUUUUAAUCCUGUAUAUUUUUAUCUUCUUAGUGGCAUAUACCAUAGAGACAUCCAAAGUAGCCAAUUACGUUCAAGGUCAGCUGGAACUCAGCAACUCUUUAACACCACUUCUUUUUAUUAGAUGAGGUGAAUCAUUUGCUCUGGUUCCUUAUUCUUUGAAGAGAAAAUCUUACACAAAUGCUAAACAGGUAUCAAUAACAGAUAUAUUUUUAAUUCCUGAUACCAGCUGGUCUUAAUCAAGUAAAUUAUUUAUGUUUCCUAUUGAUAUGCACAGUCUAUAUAUUUACUUCUUUUUAGGUAUGGUAGUGCCUGUAUAUUUUUUAGGUUCUAUUUAUGGAACAAGUUCCAUAAAUAACAAUUGUUAAUUAAUAGCUCCAAUGCAGUAGAUGUUAAAUCAUAUAGCUUGAUACUGAUAUGCCUCAACAUAGACUUCAAUACUUGUUUUAAAAGAAGUUACCCUAAAUUUUGCGUUGUUUAAUCUGCUGAGUUUAGUGAAGCUGUGAUUAAUUUAUGUCAAAAUAAAAUGAUGAAGGAAAAAAAAUCUCAUACAAAUGCUUUGAUAACACUCACAAAAAGGAGUUUUCUGGUGGGAAGAUUCAAAGUGUUUCUUUUCAAUACCUAUGUCAUUCAUAUCAUACAUACAUAUUCUCUGUUCAGUGUAUCCUUCACUAAAUAGUUAUAUCUGAAUUUAUUAGAUUCAGAUUAAGAUGGGGAUUUCUCUGUUUGUUAGAAGUCGAUAUUUCCCUCAGCAGGCUCUGAGUUGUUGUUUGAAUUUGAGGUGAAGGGUGAUACACAAUUUCCUCCUUUUAAUUGCUUUUCUUCUCCAUAUAUUUAUAGCCAUAUAUUUUUUCUGAAAGACCAUUUCAAAUAUUUACACAAUUUCUUUUAUUAAUACCAUUACACAGACUUUGUGACUGUGUUUUACAGUUAUUUAUGAAAAUGCUGCAGUAUUCUAACUUGGAUAAAGGCUAAAUGACUUCACUUACAUGAGGAAGACCAAGGGAUUUUCAUGCUUCUCAGAAUGAUUACAGUAAUAGUAAGAACAGAAAUAGAAUUUGAGAUUUGAGAAUUUUUUUCUUCUGACAUCUUAAGUUGAAAAGAUUGCUAGAAUUUGGAUGCACUGAGGGAUACUGUUGAUUCGAAAAACUUGUUUGUCUCUUUGUCAAGAAACUGCAUUUUUAUGCAUUGCCUGAUUAAAUGUAAGGCUGUUCCUUAAAGAAAGCAGUAUAACUGAUUACUGCUAGCAUCUAACUUAACAGAGAAUUUAUAUUAGUGAAAUUUAGCAUUUAAAGAGAAGCAAGCUCCCUCCUGAAUAGGUUAGAAACUAAAAUUCAUAAUUCAUUAAUUAAAUGUGGGGGGGUUCUUUUUUUUUUUUAGUUUCCAUACUGUCUAUGUUCUGAACACCUAAAUAACUUAUAAAGUAGGUAAGAAUGGAUUAGUAUUGUCAUCUGCUCUGUUCUUAGUCGAAAGAGGUAAUAUGUCUUCUUAGUACAAUAAGUAGGAGGUUAAAGAGAUUUGUCAGGUUCUUCUAUUUGUGUUAACACUAUUUGUAAAAUAAGUAGAACUGUUCAUUCUGCUCUGUUACUUUACUUCCAGUACUGCUAAGUUCUUAGUCUUCAAAGAUUUAUGUUAACUAGAAACUUGUCAUAGAGUUAGUCCUUUGUGCUUUUUUUAAAAAAGAAUUUGCAAUGCUUUGCAUGUGGAAUUUGGGUUUAUGGGAAGGGAUAGUCUGCCUUCUAGCAGCUGCUGUCUUUACAUAAUAGGAGACACAUAGCACACAAAUGUGGGUUGGAUAUGAGAGCUCUUUUUUGCAAAAGGAAACAGAACACAGCCUAGAUAAAGUCUACACUCUCUAAUUAUUAGUGAGUCUGUGUUUCAGCUCUGAACUUCAACUUCACUUUAAAUUUCAUGCUUCUGUGGUUUGUCCAGGGAGUUAGAUUCAUUGAAUAGGAAAUACUCAGUUGGAAAAGAUUUACAAUCAUCAUCAACAUCCAGCUCCUGGUCCUGCACAGGGCCAUUCCUGAGUCACACCAUGUGCCUGAGAGCACUGUCCAAAUGCUUUUUGAGCUCUGUCAGGCUGGUGCUGUGACCACUUCCCUGGGGAACUGUUGCAGUGCCCAACCACCCUCUGGGUGAAGAACUUGCUCUUAGAUAGGUUUUUAAAUCUGUCUAUUUCCUUUGUUCUGUACCUAGAACAUUCAUCAGUGUUAGCAUUACUCUGGAGGGACUGAAGUCAGUACAUGGCUUUUAGAUUUGUUUUUGUGCUGUAGUCAUCAAUGAAGCAGCCAAGCAACUAUCAACCAAGUUGUUGAAGGUCUGCAUUAACUUAGUUCUGAGUCAAGCUUUCUGGAAAAUAUGUAAAUAAUGAACAGAAUGGGAGGAGGAAUAAAGUUAAAGUUUGUAAUUUUUAAUUCAUUGUAUGUUUGCAUUAACAUGAUGGUCAAUGCAACAAUGCAAAAUAUUGUUGUAUAAGUCAUACAACCAUAAUUUAAUUGGAAGCUCUUAUUUUGAAAGGAUAUUAUUAUUAUUGUUGUGUUUCUGUUUAAUUUCUCUGCAUUUCCUCUUCUGUCCAGUUUUACAAGUUGAAUGUUAGUAUAGUUAAUUUUUGAGCAAUGUUAAGGUUCUAAAUGGAAUUUGAUCAUGUAUUUACACCAGGUGAACAUUUCUUUUUUCCUAAAUUAUGCCACCAUACAGUAUUUUAUUGAUUGUUAUUAAGAAUAUUAUUCAUGUAUAUUAUUUACUACCUUUAUAUAGCAGGAAAAUGAUAAAAUUGUAUCCAAUGCUGCUGUACAUUGGAAGAAGAAUGAAAGUAAUUGGCAAUUUAUUACAUUUAUCUUCAAUCUAAUUGGAUGUGAACAUUAUUUAUCUAACAAAUCACAAAAAACACCCCUAAGUAAGAAAAACUAAUUUUAUUUUUAACUUGCUGAAGAGUUUAAGAUAACUCUGAGAAAAUGCUCUCACCAUUAAAUCAAUUUGUAUGUAACUUAGACACUGAGAUAGAACACUGGAAUAAGUCAUGAUUAUGUAACAGCACUUUAGUUAAUCUUUGAAAGCUAAUUAUGAUCACAAGUUAAAUUCCAGGUAAGAAUAGGUUUACCCUUCUCCAGAAAACUAUGGAAUAAGUUUGUUCAUGCUAGUCUGAUUCAGUAGUCCCAUUCAACAGUUACUGUAUGAGUCAUGCACUCACAUGAGAGCUUGGGAUUUUUGGUCCAAUGUGUGACUGACUGGCGUGGAGUGAAAUACAGAGUGCUUUGGUGUUAAUAGUGUAGAAAUGUUGAGAGAACACUUUUGAUCCUGAGUCUGUUUGCUGCACUAUAGUAUUAAAAAAAAGAUAAAUCUGACAUUCUGUUGAAGUUUUAGAUAAAGAGAAAAGAUAACUUAAAGUAAUUGCAUGAACCAACACAUUUUAGUCUUUUAAAAGUAGCUUCCAAUAUUUUCUGGGUGUUCCAUUUGUAGGAGCUAUUCACCUCCCCCUUGGGGAAAGGAGAAAAUAAAUGGAACAAUAUCAGGAUCUAAAAGCUUAAUGGUUUUACUUCUGCAUUGUAAUUAUACUAAUAAAUACCUCUGUCCAUGACCCUGGAAUUUAUAGUGCAGUGAGAAAGAUUUAUUGACAAGUAAUUUGGAAGAAAAAUGGGAUUAUUGUGUAAUUACAGCAUGUGGUUAUUAAGCAUAUGUACUUACAUACCACUUAUUCCUGUUAUUUCAAGACCUUCAACUAUCUUUCAGUUUUCACUGAAAACUACUGAAAAGCUUCUUGGUAAAUCCAGUGCCUGGGAGAUCUUUGUUACAUUAUUGGAUCAACUACAAAGUAACUGUGUUACCUUGAGAUGUGCAGAGGGGAUCAAUAGAUCUUUAAAACAGCGUGAGAUUUUUUAAAGAAGGUGUUCUAUACCCUAUUUUUCCUGGUUCUAUAGAUAUCAAUGUGUAGGACUUUCUACUAUACACAUUCUGUACCUUCUUGAUGUAGAAGUCCUUUAUAGGUAAAUUUGCUUUUUGCUGCUGUUUAUCUAGGACAUCUCCAGGGCCUCAUAAUUUUUCAAGUGAGUCAUGUUUUCCCAUGUUCUCCCUUUCUCUUUGUGUGCAACUAAUUCUGCAAAUAUCUUUAUAUCUUCUUGUCAAACCAUAAGUAAAAUCUUUCAAAUAGCUAUUGAAAUAUAAUUAAACUGUUGAAUAUAAUUAACUAUGUAUCUAAGUGGCAUAAGACUAAAACAAGAGAUGCAUUCCUUUGCACCUGUAUUCCCUUGCCUGCAUGCUAUGACAGCAUCUGGAGCAUCUAUCCUUCAUGUAAUUUGAUCUUUUAAUUUAAUUUGAUACUCCAUUAGGUAUUCAGUGAUUUUCAAGGGGAAGGUUUUUCAAAAGUUAUACCAAUUUCAGCUUCCAAAAUCUGUACCUAUGCUGUCCUCUAGUAGAGCAUGGAAGCUCUUCAAAAUUUUAGCAGGGCAACAAACUCAAAACAGAUAUUAUAUUUUAUGCUGCUUAAUUUUUUAUGCUGUCUUUCACAAUAUUUAUUUGUGAAAAUCCUGUGAGGUUCUUGUUGCUAGAUUAUUUUACUUCUCAGUUAAAAAGACUUUAAAAUGUUUCCAAUUCUUUAUAAUGACAGUAAACCACCUUAAAUGUUAUUGUAUUUUGGGGGUUUUGUUUGUUGUUGUUUUGUUUUGUUUUGUUUGUCUGUGGACUUUCUGAUAAGAAAUUGAGUGAUUUUAGAAUUAUGACAUUAAGAUUCUCAAUUCUAAGCAGCAGUUCCUAUAUUUCUUUUAUAAAUACUACCUCAUUGUUUACAGGAAAAUUUCUUUGGUGUGAGAAGGAAGAAACAAGUGUUCUUAGAAAAAGUUAAUAAUAAUUUACUGAAAUGAUUGCUUGUGUGGUAUCACCUAGUGAUAGGCAUAUUUGUUACUGUCAUUUACAUUGGCAAGUGAAGUAGGUAACUUUCAAAGUUUUGUACCAUCAUGGUGCCAUUUUGUCUUAUAAUUAAGAAAUAUACCAAAAGAGAAAAAAUAGAAAUAAUCAUUCAGUUUUCCCUGAAUUCACUGUAACUGUUUAACUUCCCUAUUUCAGGAUCUGUAUUUUCCAUGCUCAGGGAAACUCAGGAAAUAUACCUUGUUUAUUAAGUUUUGUGUUCUUGUUUGGCACUUGGUAUGUCUCAAAGCAUAUCCAGAAGGAAGAGAGGCAUCUAAUCAAUAUGUCUUUAUAGCACUUUGAUCUCCUUACUGAAUAUUGGGAUGUAAUAUAUCUUUGAUGCUUUUUCAAUAGAAUGAUUUAAGAGUUGCCUUUUAUGUAAGUUAAAUUUUGUUUUACUGUAUCUGUUUUUUUCCUGCUAAGGUGACUGCUCUCCAGGUUUUAAUGAGUGGAAAGAUAGGGGUGACCUCUAUUGAAGACAAACCUUUUAAUAUAAAAUUACAUGUUUAUAAAUUCUUUCUUAUUUUACUGAGGUUCAAAAAGUAAAAGGGAUGCAUGUUUUCUCCCUGCAGGUACAUCAUGCAAAGGGUGGCUGGCCUAAUGUUCAAAUAAAACAUUAAUGCACUUAAUAAAUUUGGGGCUCUGUGGAAACACACAUACCUUGCAUAUAUGAUUUGUUCAGAGCUCAUCUGAAGGGGAAUGCAAUAUUUGAAUGUAAACCAUAUAAAGUGAUAAAUCUUCUGAAGCCCAUAUUAAUGUUAGUGCCAUGCUAAAAAAGAGAUUAGUCUGAUUGAUUAAUUAAUUAAAGAAAAUUAAAAACUCUUUAUGAAGCAAGAUCAAACCUUUGUUUGGCACUAAUUGACACUCUUGGUAUUGCCCUUAACUCUUCAAUGUGAUGACUCACAUUAAUGUACUCAUGUCUGGUGGGAUUGUACAGCAGCCUCCUCCAAGAAAAGACUUCAGCAUAACCUGCAGCAGUAAAAAAACUUAGCUGGGGCCACCAGUAUAUUGAGCUUAUGGAAUAUGUUUUUGCACUCAGAACUGAACCUUAAAUUCUAUUUAGAAAUUUCCUUGAAACUGUUCUGAAUACUUCUAGUAUUCCCAUUCAUUUUAACCAGUGUCUGAAGAGAAGACAGAGACAGGGUAGCACAAUAUUUGUUUCUCAAUUUAGUUCUGAAGCAGAAUGCUGUGUCAUUGACCCUGCCUCAGAUGACUUUUUGUCUGUGUCACGAUGCCCCCUAACUUCUUCUUAAAUAAACAGUGGGAAUUAAAUUGUGGUUACUUACUUUGUAAACAAAUUGUUGUCAUUGUUAAUGUUUUAUUGCUGUUAUUUCUCCUUCUUCCUGAAUUGUUUUAACUGACUGUUACCAUUCAGAAAUAUUAUAAGCAAAUUUCUCAAGAAAUUAAAAUAGUUUUUCUCCAGGGCUUAGAAAUGUCACUGGUAAUACCAGAUCAUUGAGACCAGUAGGACAUGAUCAGAGACAGAUGGCUUGAGGCUGUGACUGAUGAGAGAGGCUACAAAUAAAAAUGAAGUGCGAGAAAUUGGUGCAAUAUGUUGUGUCCUCAUAGAUACGCAACUAAAUAUUUUUAUGUAUGUACAUGUGAUAGAUUAUCACUUUUAAAGUGAAGAAGAAAUCUAAGUGCUGGUUGUGUUUCUGUCUUGAAUAGUGUGUGCUAAUGUGAAAAAGUAGAUAAUGUGUAACAAAAUCAACAGUAUUGCAGAGAGCAGUGCUACAGAACAGUGUCAGAGUUUGCUUGUAAUAUUAGUGCCUCAUUUACAGGUACAUGGCACUUUUGAAAAAUCAUCUUUUUCAAUGUAAUCCAGGUGUAAAACAUCUUUUUGAAACCUUGGAACUGUACCAACUAUAAAGCUGAGAGUCUACCAGGGUAAAAAAAGAGUAAUAGUGAAAAACUCCAUUAUUCUUUUUUGGUGGCAUCUAAGUAUCUGAUUUAAAGGCAUGACACUGCCAAAGCACAGAAAAUCUGCUACAUAUGAAGGCCUGAGUCUUUUCUCAUCUCUUACUGCAAAGGGCUCAAUAUUGUGGUGAGAGAGAAAUUCGCAUUUCUAAGGAGAAAAAAGAAACAUCAGUCCUGAGGUAGUUUGUCAGAAAUUGAAUAAAGAGUGAAUGAUCAUGUACUCAUGCCACCAUGCAUGUGAUUCCAAAAAUUUAUUAUUACUUAACUUCAAGGAUUAUUCUUAAAACUCAUAGAGAUAAAGCCUGAGUUUUUAUAAAAUUGUAUUUGUUCUAUUAAGUGGUAUAAUCCUUCUCUGCAGCUUUCCAGUAAUACUAAUUCACUUAGCUUAGAAGAGGAUUAAAAUUUCUAAAUUAUAAUGUGCAUAGAUUUUAUCAUGUACUUUAUCAUUUCCCAAAACCAGUUUUAAAGUAGGUCUCGAUUAUUCUCUGUUAGGAUUAUUGUAGAUCUGAAAGGCCCAGAGCAUCUUCUUAUUCAAAAGGGGCUCCGUCAACAGUCCAUGAGGAUAUAGGCUAUGUGUAGGAAGUUUAUGUUUUGUAUUUACUUCACUUUAAAAGUUUUGUUUACUUUUACUUUGAAGCUGAAUGAGCAUAUGAUGUGUCCUCUGAAAGAGAUUUUAUUGUGUGAAAUUAUUCAGAAAAAGCUACUCUGUUUAAAUUGCUAAACUCUUUUAAUUCACAAUAACUUUAAAAUAUACACAACUCAAUGACUUCACAAAGCAUUUUCAGUCAUACUUUGCUAAACAUCUUGAUCUAAUGCAGUUGAAAAAUAGAUUGCUUUCUUGUUGAUCAGAAUAGAUUUUCUAUUGAGAAAAUGUUUGCACUAUAGCAAAGAGAUAUUAAAUGUAGCUGAAAGUCUUUGAUGCGCUGUAAUCCAGCCUGAAUCACUGCAGGUGAGAUGUUUGAGGUACCUAAACUUGCUUGGAUGUCUAAGGGCUAUGUUUCUGUCAAUAAAUGAGCUGUGGUAUACACAUACGUAGGUGAUAACUGUCAUUUACUUUCAUGACAUGAGUGCCUCAAAUUUCAAGUGAAUUUUGUAAGAAAAAUCUCUUGCAAAACAUAAAUAUGUGCAUUUUCCCUUCCCCAUCUAUUGAAUGACUCUUAAAGUUUCAUUUAAAUGUUUCUUAAUACUCGAGUUCUAGAUCUUGUACAGUAGCCAUAUAUCACAACUGUUUUUAGAGCUACAUCUAUUGUUAUUAAACUCAUAAUCAUCUUUAGAUGUUUACUUGACAUUUUUGGAACUGAUUUGUAUAAACCAUAGUUUGUACUCCAAUAUUAUGAGUUUUUUUCAUAUAAAAUAAUCACAAGCACACGACAUUGUGUUAGAAAUGUGAAAAU